GGCCGGGCCGGGCCGGGAGCAGGUGCCGGGGAGGCGUAGGGCGGAGCGAGGGGGGGGCCGUGCCGAGCCGUGCCGGCAGGUGGGGGCUCGGGGGGGUCCCCCCGGCGGUGCUGCGGGGCCAGGUGUGCGGGAUGGGGGGCUGCGAGCCGCCCGCGGAGGGGGGCCGGGGGGUGCCGCUGCCGCUGCCGUCCCCGCCGCGGCCGCGGGGGGACCUUUAGCUGAGCUGGGAGCGGGGAAGCCGCAGCGGGAGCUGGUGUUUUCCUCCCCUCCUUCCUUCGCCUUGCCUCCCCUCCCUCCUCCUCCUCCUCCUCCUCCUCCUCCUCGCCCAAACCGGGAGAGGAGGCGUGUUCCCACAGCCUUGCUGCACCGGUUCUGCACGGCUCGCUGUCGCCUGCUUUGCUCCGCGGGGUAGCCGGGCGAUUUUUUUUUUUAUUAUUAUUAUUUGUUUGCUCGUGCUUUUUUUUUUUUUUUUUUUUUUCCUCCUCCCUCUCUUCCUUUCCUUUCCUUUCCUUUCCUUCCUCCCCUCCCUCGGCCCAUCGCAUGCUCGGAUCCGGCCGGCUCCUUCCUUUUUCUUUUCGGCGGUGCCGCUCGGGGGGGGCAGGGAGAGCUGCGAUGAGUGCCGCCUGACGCACAGGCACGGCGAGGGGGGGGCCCCGCCGGCAGCCGCAGCCCGCUGGGGGCCGCAGGGCGAGGGGCUCGCUCGCCGCCGCCUCCCCCCUUCCCUUUCCUUCCCUCUCCUCUCCGCUCGGCGAGGCGUGAGUGCGAGGAAGAGGAGGACGACGAGGAGAGGAGGAGGAGGAGGAGGAGGAGGAGGGCCGCUUCGACUCGCCGGGAGGCGCCGGGGCUUGCCGUGGAGCCCCCCCUUAUGUGAGCCCCCCCCCCCGGGCGGCUGCAUGGCGAUAGAGCGGCGCCGCGAGGGCCGGCCGCUGCCGGAGGAGAACGGCUCCGUGCCGGGGGCCGCCGCCGCCCCCCCGGGGCCGCCCCCCGGGGCCGGGCUGGGGGUCGGGGCCGAAAUCCAGGCGGUGCCGCCGCCCCCCUCGUCGUCGUCCGCCGCCUGCAGCCCGCUGCUCCUCGACUACGACGGCUCCGUGCUGCCUUUCCUCGGGGGGCUGGGCGGCGGGUACCAGCGCACCCUGGUGCUGCUCACCUGGGUGCCGGCCCUCUUCAUCGGCUUCAGCAAGUUCUCGGACUCCUUCCUGCUGGACCAGCCGGACUUCUGGUGCCGGCAGGCGGACGGGCAGCAGGGCGACUGGAACGGCUCCCUGGUCCCCCCCGGGCACGCCAACCGCAGCGGCAUCUUCCCCACGGCCACCGCGCUGCCCGGCCCCGGCAACGCCAGCGAGUGCGACUGCCACGAGUGGCACUACCGGAUCAGGGCCGGCCUGGUCCAAAACGUCGUCAGCAAGUGGGAUCUUGUUUGUGACUCUGCCUGGAAAGUCCACAUUGCAAAAUUCUCCCUACUGGUAGGAUUAAUCUUCGGCCACUUAAUAACAGGAUGUAUAGCAGACUGGGUAGGUCGACGGCCCGUACUGCUCUUCUCUGUCAUAUUCAUUUUGGUAUUUGGACUGACUGUGGCACUCUCAGUGAACGUGACAAUGUUCAGCACACUCAGGUUUUUUGAGGGGUUUUGCCUGGCUGGAAUAGUCCUCUCCCUGUACGCACUGCGGAUAGAGCUCUGUCCUCCUGGGCACCGGUUCAUGAUCACCAUGGUGGCGAGCUUCAUCGAAAUGGCGGGGCAGUUCCUCAUGCCGGGGCUGGCUGCCCUCUGCAGGGACUGGCAGGUCCUCCAGGCGGUCAUCAUCUGCCCCUUCCUGCUGAUGCUGCUCUACUGGGUUAUUUUCCCAGAGUCCCUCCGGUGGCUGAUGGCUACACAGCAGUUUGAGGCGUCCAAGGAACUUAUCUUUCAGCUCACUCGCAAGAACAGGAUGAACACGGAAAGUGACAUCAAAGGAGUGGUGCCCGGGCAUAGGAUGGACGAAUCAGUGCAUAGCAUGGACGAUGCUGUGGAAAUGAAGCUCUUGUCUGUUCCUCAUUUCUUGCAGAAUUUGGAAGAGCUGGAAAAGGAGAUCGCCAGGAGACCGAAGAAAGUCUGCAUUGUCAAGGUGGUGGGGACCAGGAACCUGUGGAAAAACAUUGUGGUACUGUGUGUGAACUCGCUGACUGGUUACGGCAUACACCACUGUUUUGCAAAAAGCAUGAUGGGGCACGAGGCGAAGAUGACGAUCACCCACAACUUCUAUGCGGACUACUAUACCAUGGCGGGGAUCGCCUUGGCAUCCUGCCUGGCCAUGUGCCCAGUGGUUGGGUUUUUGGGGAGGAGAGGAGGACUCCUGCUCUUCAUGAUCCUGACAGCUCUGGCAUCGCUUCUGCAGCUGGGCCUUCUCAACUUGAUUGGAAAAUACAGUCAGCUUCCAGACUCAGGUAUGAGUGACAGUGUCAAAGACAAAUUCUCUACUGCGUUUUCCAUUGUGGGUAUGUUUUCUUCGCAUGCCGUUGGAAGUCUCAGCGUAUUCUUCUGUGCUGAAAUCACACCGACAGUAAUAAGGGGAGGCGGGCUGGGGCUGGUGCUGGCCAGCGCGGGCUUUGGCCGCCUGACCGCCCCCAUCAUGGAGCUGCACAACCAGAAAGGCUACUUCCUCCACCACGUCAUCUUCGCCUGCUGUACGCUCAUCUGCAUCAUCUGCAUCCUGCUGCUGCCGGAGAGCAAGAACCAGAACCUGCCCGAGAACAUCCCGGACGGGGAGCACUACACCCGGCAGCCCCUCCUGCCGCACAAGAAGGGGGAGCAGCCCCUGCUCCUGACAAACUCUGAACUCAAGGACUACUCGGGCCUCCACGACUCGGCAGCUGUGAGCGAUGGCAUCUCUGAGAACACCACUGCCAACGGGAUGAAGCCUAUGUAACUGUAACUGGGUUGGAUUUUCUCCUUUUUUUUUUUUCUUUUUUUCUUUUUCCCCUUUUGUUUUGUUUUACCUUCUCCUCUUUUCUUUGGUAUUUUGUUUGACGCUGUUGUGCAGGAAGAGCAGACCUUUGGGCAAAGGUGUUUUGCACAGGUUUUACAAACCGGUGACGGAGCAGACGCAAACUUGGGAGAAUUCAACUCUGCUGCUAAAGCGACUUGGAGGAAUUGUCAACCGUUGUGCAGAUUGCUCUUGAAAAAAUUAUGGGGGAAAAUAACUCAUCUGAGAAAAGACCUGGCUGGAGGUAGCCCUUCAGAACUCUUUUUUUUUCCUGCCAUUAAAUACAUAUAUUUAUUUUGAUUUGUUCUCAAGAAGCACUUUAUUUCCUUUUCCUUUCAUAGAUCACAAAAACGAAGCCAUCUUAUUAUAAGAGGUGCAGCCAUUCCAAGAAAGAAACCGUUGGGGGGGGGGGAGUUGUUUUUUUUUUUUGUUUCCUUUUUGUGUUUCUUUAAAGGAAGGAGGUAUCACUGCAAAGUUGAAUUGACUGAUAUUUAGACUUGUGCAAUGUUGUUCUGCCUGUCUAGAAAGUCCAAGCGCCCAGGUUGCCUGCUGUGUUUGUAUACACCAAAAAAAAAAAAAAAAAGAAUCAAAGCAAAACCUGUUGUGACUCAAACUCUGACUGCAUUUUAGGCAGAUUAUGUUUCUUUUUAUAGCUCAUAUACAUUUAAAAGUUAAUUUUUUUUUCCUCAUCAAAUGCAGUGAAGAAAAUCCUACCCAAACAGGCUGAUUUUUCAAUGAGAAUCAGCCUUAUGCAUUUUAAGAUUCCAUUAAUACAUUUUAGACUGUUCCUGCUGGUGUUUAAUACUAAUGUAGAUGGUGUAAAUGAAAUGAUUUGACCAAUGAUGCAAAAAUUAAUUUUGACGAGAGUGGCUUUAAUUACCAGGAGGUCUAGAAUCUGUGAUUGACAGCUCCAGGAGAAGAGCAUAAACCAGCAGGGACAAAAAGUAAAGAGCAUUGGCUAUGGUCUGUACUUCUUAUUUCCGAAGGCAGCACAGCUAGGAGUCCCUCUCCUGGGAAAUGAGCAUCCUGGCAUUGCCCUGCCUGUUUUUAGAACCAGAGUUUUUGUUACCUAUUUAAGCGGACAAAAUUUUUAAGUGACUGUCUAAAAGGAAUGAAUUGAUAACCUGUGAGUAAUGAUUUAAGGUUUGUUGUUGGCCGUCUUGGGUCUUUUAGGGAUGGUUUCUGGUUCUGACCCAAGAAUACACGGUGAACUCACCUGUAUUGCCCUCCUUCCCCAGCUGUUCUUGUAGGAUUUUCUUUCAGUUAAAAAAAAAAAAAAAAAAGAAAGAAAAAAGUUAAAUUGGAUUGAUCCCACUCUACGAGAAGCAAAACGAACAUCCAAUUUGUCGUGUUGUACAGAUGGUACUUUGAUAACGGCCACUUCUCUCCUCCAGUCCCCAAACCAGCUUUUUGCUUUGGCCAUCGGCUUUCGGUUCUCACCGUGUGAUGACUGUGAGGAUCUUGUUCAAUGCAAGGGCUUUGUAAACGAACAGCUUUCUUGCAUUGUAGUUAACCUCCCUCCCCUCCCUCCCUCUUUUCCUUUUUCACUCAGGCCAUCCAUUUGUGAUUGCUCAGUAGUGCGGACAUUUGAACAAACCGAGCAGCAGGAUGUCGAUGUUGUAUUGCGUGCCCAUAUGAUUGCCACUAUGUUUGAUGUAAAUCUUUCGUUCACAAGCAUGGGAAGCGCUCAUCUGCACUUUCCUCCUCUGCCUGCCCUGCCCCUUCCUCCUUUGCUGUAUAUAUAUAUUGUCGACUAACUACUGUACCUAACAAUUUCCAUCCUCCGUUAGGCUGCCAAUGUCCUCUUACAGUCCCCAGUAAAUCAGAGAGAUGCUCCUGGGCGGGUGCUGAGGUCCGUAGCACGUCUCAGACGGUGCCAAGCACAGGAGGACAGGUAGACCUGCAGAAGCGACAGAGACUGUCGUGGUCGGGAUAGCGAUGUUGUCCUAAAGCUGCUAAUUUUUGUACAGAGGAUGUGGACAUUUGGGUUCUUCCCGAGCCCGGUAAGAAACACUGGACCAGUUGAUGGUAAUUUUGCCCAAAGUUACCCUACUGUUUUUUCACCUUUGCUAGGCUUGCUUGUUACACUUCGGUUUUAUUGCCCAGCUUGAGAGCGGCCAUUUCCCUCUUUCUGUUCUGUGCUGAGACUUCUGUGAUCCGUGCUCACCCAAGAAAACAAAAAACAAACAAAAAAAACGAACAAGGCCUUUCAAGUCCACGCAGUAUCCACGUGCCAAAUCCGUGCAAUACCUUUUGCCUUCAAUGUCAGAUGCUUGUGGCAAGCCACACACACUGGGGGGAAAAAAAAAGGAGGGUUCACAAGGAAAACGGGUGGAGCAGAACAGGUCUUAACGGAGGAGGAAAAGGUCUCUGUGCGUGUGCACUCAAGCUGCAGCACGGCUCUAGCAGCCCCCUCACAAGCCUACUGAACUGGCUGCUUCCAGCAGGGCUAGCGGUCCCGGUGUGCUGUUGUCCACAGCGCUUUAUCGUUUCCUAUUCUGGUGUUUGCUCUCCGACGACAGGCGGGCCCAGGGAAGAGAAUGGUUGUUUAAACAUAUCAACGUUUAUGUAAUAAACACACUAGGUGACAGGAACACUUGGCUUUUUUUUUUUUUAAUAAUUUCUUAUGAAAUUGACUUGAUUUGCUGCUUGUUUUUUGGUCUGAAACCAGGUACUGAUCUCCUGCAAUGUGGGGAGCUCCAACUUCUCGCACCGGUCUGGCCCUCCGCCUCUGUCAUGACAAUAAAACAUAAAAUCGGUAGCUUAUCAUGCUGAAACGUUGAAUUAACUGUUUCCUUAUGUUGUUUUUAUUGUUUGUUUGUACACACACGCACAGCUGAAAAGCUUUGAAGUGUGGGAGAGCUCUCUGAGGAGGGGGCAGGCGCUCUGUGUGGCAGCAGGGCAGAAAUGAAAUGCCUGGCUGCUCACUGUGCUCUGCGGCGGGACAGUGCUCCGCACACCAGCCAGCCCAUCAGCUCCUCCAUCGGCUCUCCUCUGUAGCCAUCGCUGGGAACUGCUUUCCUCCGACGGCCGUUCCUGGCCACCACAGCAGAGGAAGCCCUCAGAGCGGUCCUGUCCCUGUUGGUCUUUUUCUGUGAACCUUCAGUAACCUCUUAAGUCCAUCUGUGGAUUUUUUUUUCUCUCUUUUGGUUUGGCAUUUAAGGGCUUUCUUCCUUACUUCAAACAAAAGUGUGAAAGUGACGUUAUGCUUGAUCUGGUUUUCUUUCCUUUUAAGAUUUCCAUAAUGCUUUUGUUGCCAGACACACUACAAACAGAUAACGACAGCGUGGGGAAAGCUGUCGUGCGUUUGGGGGUGUUUUGUGGCAACUCCAAAAGGGUUCUGUCUGAUUUACCUUGCAGUUUUGGUGAGCCUGCUUUUUUGUGUGGUUUGUUUGUUUGUUUUUGUGUUUGUUUGUUUUUGUUUUGUUUUGUUUUUUUCAUGGACGUAUUUUGCUUAACUGUUGCCACUUCCUGGAGCCAAACACUAAAGGUCACCAAAUUGGAAGCAGAAGUGCCAUUAAACGAACUCUGUGAAUGUCAAGUCAAGUUGCGCCUGUAGCUGGCACAUAAGACAACGCUAUUAAGUGUGGGAUGAUCUCCCCCACUGUAAGUUGUUUUUUUUUUUAAAGAAAAAUGACAAACCUCAUUUUAAAUGUAUUGUGUAAAACAUUUUGGGAAAGGAGUAACAGUGUGUAAUGUCUAGUGGGUGAGAGUUCCCUCCCCAUUUCGGUUUCCGAUGAAGUUUUAAAGAAUCGUAUUACUGUAUGUUUUGAACAUGAAUAGUCUGGUGGUGCUUCCUCAUAGCACAAGCUUAAAUUGAGUACUGAAAACAGUCUUAAAAGCUAAAUGUCUGCAUGAUGUUACAUCUGUUGUACCUACUGAAAAACUUUGUAUGUAAAUGUACAGAAUAAAAAGAUGUUGUCCCAUCA